AUGGGUUUCGAAGAGCUUCCUGAGCAUCUGCCAGUACAUCUGAGCACAGACAUGAUGGAGAACAUGUUUGAUCUCCCGGACCCGAGAUUCUCCAUAUCCGUCAGCGAAAUAGCGGGCAAAGACCAAGACGGUGUAUCGGAGGAGCGCGAUGCGUCGCGAUUGGGCCCUUCCAACAACUCGUCACCCCAACGCAGCGAGGUCGAGCACCAGACGCAGGGGACCGUGGGCAUCUCUUCAGUGGGCCAAAUACGGCAAAUAAGCGACGUUGGACUCCAUAGGGUUCAGAGCUCGAAUGAGUCGCAGCGUUCUACGUCUAUUUCCUCGGCAUAUGAGCCAACUCGAGCGAGGCACAAUAGCAUUUACUCUGAAGACGAUAACGGCGUGCACCCCAAUUUGUUUUACUCCCCGGCUAUAGGCCCCCACAACAUUGACGGCACGCCGCUCAUGUCACCUCGCGACGCAGCAUAUGCUGGGGUCGAGAUGUAUGGCGAUUUUUCAAUACCUCCGGCCUACGUUGAGUCACCCGUGGUUUCACCGUCGCUAAAUCCACAAAAGCGAAAGAUUGUUGCUGCCGGGAGGGUGGCCAAGAAGAGUCCACAGCUGAGAGCACGAAUGCGACGCAGCAGUUUGGUAAAUGCGUCUAUUUCGAGCACGAAAUCGCCGUCCCACUCAUCAUCCGACAAGGGCGAGGAAGAUCUUUCGGAUCUUAUAAUGCCCCCAGUCGCUGAUGCACAGUCCAUACCAUCUGUUUUGGCGGGUACAGCAGUAACGCCCGCAACGUUAAUGGGCAUUCAGUUUUCUGAUGAUCGGCUGGGCACUUCUUACUCUUCAGAAAAUCAGGACUUGACCCCGCACCAAGCAGUUUCAGGAAGUGGAUCCGGGAUAUUGCAUACCCACUCUCAGUCAUCGGUACUCAACAGCCGAAGCAGUUCCGUGCAACCAUCACCGGCUACCACCCCGCUAUUGGCUCCGGCAAUACAACAACGCAAGACCAGAGUGCGUCCCCUGUCGUCCUCAUCCGCCCGACAGCCCCGGUUACGUUCUGCGCCAAUCUCCCCCGCAAUUUUGCCUAAUGACCAACAAGGAGAGCAGGACAUGGCUUCGCUGCUGGCGAGCAAGUCGAAUAUCCAAAGUAUCAUGGAAGGGGUUCACCAGCAGAUGGGUCUCAAGUACUCUGAGGACAUGACUAGCGAGCUUUCGAGCAAAAAGAAGAACCACAAAAUGGCCGAGCAGGAGCGAAGAAACCGUAUGAACUCAGCACUAGUAGAGCUCAGCAGACUGGUGGCGAUGUCGUCUACACAACUGUCUAAAGCGGCCACUGUAGAGGCGGCAAUCGAGUAUAUUAAAAGAGCCCAGUCCCGAAUUGCUGAAUUGGAGGAAAAGCUCGCUGGAUACGAACACGAACUCUGA